ACGUGUCAGUUUUCCGGAAAUGUGCUCUUAAAUUCCGAGAUGAUUUUAUGGCUCUAGCGUGCAUUGAUCCUUUCAAAUCCGUAACCAUUGCUUCAGCGUGCUUGAAAUUUUUUCGAACUUUUAAUCUCCGCAAGGAAGAAAUCGGAGUCAUUUCAGCACACGGUUAUCAAACUAACAGAAUCACCAGCAUGGAAGCAACACAGUGGCUGACCUGGGUCAACAAAACUCAAGCGGAUUGCCGAAUCGAGCAUGGACGGAAUGGAAAAGAAAAACGCAUCAAUGAGUAUUUUGUGGACGGCUACGAUCGAUUUACUAACACGGUUUACGAAUACAAUGGAUGCGUUUUUCAUGGACACCCGGACUGUACCAACGCAACUGACCGUUCACCUUUAUCAAACAAGACUAUGCAAGAAGUUUACGAAGAAUAUCAGAUCAAAGUUUGUUCCAUAAAGGCUCGGGGCUUCAACUUUGUGGAAAUGUGGUCAUGCCAGUGGGGCGAGCAGUUGAAGGUUCCAAACAUUCGGGAGUAUAUGAGCGACAUGUCCCUACGCAGUCCUCUCCAACCAAAAGAAGCAUUUAAAGGCGGUCGUACUAACGCAAACAAGCUACUUUACGAAUGCGGCCCGAAUGAGAAGAUCCAUCACUUCGAUAUCGUCUCUCUGUAUCCUUACGUUAACAAGAACUGCGUGUAUCCCAUCGGGCAUCCGAAACUUAUAACAGCAGAUUUUAAGGAUGUAAGCGAAUAUUUUGGAUUUGUAAAGUGUACAGUGCUUGCACCGGGACAUUGCUUGUUUCCUGUUUUGCCUGCAACUAUAAACGGCAAGUUAAUCUUCGCGCUCUGCCGCAAAUGUGCAGAGCAUCGGCAAAACGAUUUUUGCACCCAUAGCGGCAAGGAACGAUUGCUGGAAGGUGUGUGGACUACUCCCGAAUUGCAACAUGCAAUUUUACAAGGAUAUAAAGUUGUUGCUGUUCAUGAAGUUUGGCAUUGGGAAGCGCGGAAAGAAAAAUUGUUCGAAGACUUUGUUAAUACAUUCCUCAAAGAAAAAAUUCAGGCAAGCGGGUGGCCGAGUAACUGCGCCACAGAGUGUGAGCGGAUAGAAUUUGUGAGAAAAGUGAAGGACGUGGAGGGUAUUGAACUGGACUUUUCACAAAUUGAAGACAAUCCCGGACGAAAGGCUGUUGCAAAGCUAAUGCUGAACUCAUUCUGGGGUAAAUUUGGACAAAAUGACAAUCUUCAUCAGACAAAAAUUUUUUUCAAGCCGAAAGACUAUUAUGACCUUCUUGUAUCAAAAUCUACAUGGAUUCACAAUGUCCAUAUCUUCAAUCCUGAAUGCGUCAUGGCAACUAUUUCCAAAAUCGACGACUACUUAGAAGGAUCGUGCACUGCUAAUAUCCCUAUCGCUGCCUUUACUACAAGUUAUGCACGGCUGAAACUUUUGGAAAUGCUGGAGCUGUUAGGAGAACGAGUACUUUAUUUCGACACUGAUUCCGUUAUUUUUGUUCAGCGGUCAGGUGAGUGGCAGCCACCAACAGGUACGAUGCUUGGAGAAUGGAGCAACCAGUUAGAAUCGGGAGAGAGUCAUAUUGUCAAGUUUAUUUCUCUGGGGCCCAAAGUUUAUUACUACGAAACAGAUACAGGAAGGGUAGAAAGCAAAAUUAAAGGCUUCACUCAAAAUGGAUAUACGGAGAAUAUCCUGACCAAUUCUGGGGAAGGACUGGUUCAGACAGGUCAGAGUAUGGACUACAGCCUUUGGAAAUCGCUCUUGGAAAAUGAUGACCAAACGCUGCGCGUUGUAUAUCCCGAAACAAUCAAGAGAAAUGUCAACACUCAUGAAAUUAGCACCGUUCAGCUGACGAAAACUCUCAGACGAGUAUACGAUAAACGGAUGCUAAUGGACGAUUAUAGUACUUUACCGUUUGGAACUCGCAAGGACUAGCGGCCCAUAUUCGAAGGGAUGCGCAUGGACAUGAUGUCGCUGGAGCAAGUGUCGCAGUUCCGC